AUGGACGCUGCGGCCCCGGCGGCAGCGACGCUAUCGAAGCCAAGGCAGUCGCAGUUGACCCGUCUAUAUCGCCCUCCGUCCAAGACCAAGACCACCUCGGCCUCUUGGUUCCCCAGAGGUACGGCCGGACAGCUACGGUUCGAUACGGCGCCCGGCAACGCUGGCCCGGUGCUGGGCGUUUGA